CACCAUGUUCUGUGAUUUUGACAGUUUCUAUUCUUUUCAAACACGUGUUUACGUGAUGUACGCACGUAAAAUAAUUUCUGUAAAUAAAGGAAUAAUAAAAUAAUACAAAAUGAGUUUAUACAACUUCAAAAAGAUCGCCGUCGUGCCUACGGCCAAGGACUUUAUUGAUAUAAUAUUGUCUAAGACACAAAGGAAGACUCCAACAGUAGUGCACAAACACUACAAAAUAUCCAGAAUCCGUGCUUUUUAUAUAAGAAAAGUGAAAUUCACACAACAGAAUUUUCACGAUAGAUUAUCGAGGAUUAUACAGGAAUUCCCGAAGCUGGAUGAUGUGCAUCCAUUUUACGCUGACCUGAUGAAUGUGCUGUAUGACAAGGAUCAUUACAAGCUUGGGCUCGGCCAGCUCAACACCGCCAGGCAUCUGAUAGACACUGUAGCCAAAGACUACGUCCGCCUGUUGAAGUACGGGGACUCGCUGUACCGCUGCAAGCAGCUGAAGAAGGCGGCGCUGGGCCGCAUGGCCACCAUCAUGAAGCGCCAGGCCGCCAACCUCACUUACCUCGAGCAGGUCCGUCAGCACCUGGCGCGGCUGCCGUCAAUCGACCCGUACACCAGGACCAUCAUCAUCUGCGGGUUCCCCAACGUCGGCAAGUCCAGCUUCAUCAACAAGAUCACUCGGGCGGAUGUUGAGGUACAACCGUACGCAUUCACGACAAAAAGCUUGUAUGUCGGUCAUACCGACUACAAAUAUCUGAGGUGGCAGGUGAUCGACACGCCGGGCAUCCUGGACCAGCCGCUGGAGCAGCGCAACGUGAUCGAGAUGCAGGCGGUGGCUGCGCUCGCGCACCUGCGCGCCGCCGUGCUCUACGUCAUGGACCUCUCCGGGCAGUGCGGCCACGCUCUGCACGAACAGAUCUCCCUCCUCGAGAGCAUAAAACCACUAUUCGCCAACAAGCCCCUGCUGGUGGUGCUGAACAAGAUGGACAUCACCACUCCGGAGCAGCUGCCGCCGCAGCAGCAGGCGCUGCUGCAGGCCUUACAGGAGGACUGCGAUAAGGGGGUGCUUGUCACUGUGGACUCCAACACUGAAUUAUCCAAAGUGCCAAUACUUCGGAUGUCGACCAAAACAGAUGAAGGGGUCCAAGAAGUGAAGAUAGAAGCCUGCGAAAGACUUCUCGGGCACAGAGUCACCGAGAAGAUGAGGACUAAGAAGGUGGACGGUAUUCUCAACCGCCUGCACGUGGCGGUGCCCGCGCCCCGCGACCGCAAGCCGCGCCCGCCCGUGCCCCGUCCCCUCCCCGCCAGCGCCCCCGCCAGCGCCCCCGCCACCGCCCGGGGAGAGGGGCACGCCCAGAGGAAGAGGAAGCUGGAGAGGGAGAUUGAGCUGGAGGAGGGGGACGACUAUGUACUGGACCUGCAGAAGAACUAUACAGAGAUCCCGGAGGAGGAGCGCCACGACCCCAUCCCGGAGUUCUGGGAGGGACACAACGUCGCCGACUACAUCGACCUCGACAUCUUCAAGAAAUUAGACGAACUGGAACGUGAGGAAGAACUCCGCGAGUCUGGCGGCGUCUACUCUGUGCCCAAGAUCGAGCUGGACGAGACGAUGCUGGAGAUCAAGCGGCUGGCGCAGCAGAUACGCAACAAGAAGGCGAUCCUGAAGGACGAGUCCCGCCUCAGCAAGCAGUCCACGAAGCCCGUGAUGCCGCGCACCGCGCGCGCGCGAGCCCGCGGCCGCUCCGCCGCGCGGCUGCGGGGGGAGAUGGAGGAACUUGGCGUGGACAUGUCGGACACGCAGGAGGCGCACUUCACGCGCGCACGCGCACGCUCGCGGUCGCGGUCGGCGCCGGCGGCUAAAAAACCGCGCGGCCGGUCGGUCAGCAAGCCGGCCCGAGACGAAGUGGGGGUUAAGGAUGUCGUCAUGCAAAAGAAGGUCAAGAAAUUGGCGCACGUGGCCAUCUCGAAGAAAACCAAGAAGAUGGGUCUCAAAGGAGAAGCGGACCGCUUCAUCGGAACCAAGAUGCCCAAACAUCUGUUCGCGGGGAAGAGAGGAGUGGGAAAGACCGAUCGACGAUAAAUAUUAUUAUAUAUAUUUUUUCAGCAUACUGCCUUGUUUCAAUACUUUUUCGCCACAAAAUGUAUUUACAAAAUGGUUUUUGAUUUAUUAUCCGCUGUUUUCUCUGUGUUUCUCACGUGAGAAACUGCUUGUCAUUUCAAUAGUAUGAAGGCAGAUACAUAAAAGUAUUCAUCAGUGUUAUUUGACUCUGUAAGGGAAUUUAUUAAAGAAGUUGUAUAUGAA